AUGUCAUCUAAAUAUGUUGUUAAAAAUAGUGAUGUUGCAGUUAUAGGUAUUGGUUUUAGAGCACCAAGUGGUAGUUUAAAAAAAUCGAUUUCAAAUACAAAUCAACUAUGGGAUAGCUUGGUUAAUGGUUUCGAUGGUAUCGUAGAACAUCGGAAAGAUGGUCUGAUAACUAUACUAUCACUGGUGAUAUUGCUUCCAAAUACGCUGGUCUUAUUCCUCUUGAUGAAUGGAAGUCUUUUGAUCCAAUUUUCUUUGGAAUCAAUCCAAGUGAUGAACAUGUCAAUACAAUCGAUCCACAACAAAGAUUACUAUAGCGGUAUUGAUCCAUCCACUUUACGUGGUUCAAAUACAAGUACAUAUAUUGGUGCAUCAAUUGUAGACUACGAUUCUUCCAAUAAAUCACCUUUUGAAACCCAAAAAAAUAUUUUUGGAGGAUCAUUUCAUUCAAUUUCAAAUAGAAUAUCAUACUGCUUUGAUUUUCGUGGCGAUUCUAUGACAAUCGAUACUGCAUGUAGCUCAUCAUUAAAUGCAAUUAAUCUUGGUUACAAAUCUAUCAAAUAUGGUCAAUCUGGUGUAUCUAUUGUGGGUGGAGUUAGUCUAAUUCUUGACCCAAAUAUAUCAAAAUCAUUUUCUUAUUUAUCAAUGUUAAGUCCAACUGGAAAGUGUCACACAUUCUCAUCGAAUGCAGAUGGAUAUGCACGUUCAGAGUGUGUUGGUGUUUUAGUUUUGAAGAGUUUAGAACAAGCAAUCAAGGAUGGUAAUAAUAUUUAUUGUGUUAUUAAAGGUUCAAGUUCAAAUGUAGAUGGUAACUAUGACAAAGCAAACUUUUAUUCACCAUCAAAAUCAUCACAAUUUGAAAAUAUAAAAUCUGCAAUCGAAUCUACCAAUGGUCAAAUCAAUGCAUCAGAUAUUGACUAUUUUGAAUGUCACGGUACUGGUACACCUACUGGAGAUCCAAUAGAACUAGAAGGUAUUUCAAGAGUAAUCAAAGAUACAAACAAACAGGUUUUAAUUGGUUCGAUUAAAUCUAAUAUCGGCCAUGGUGAAGCAUCAUCAGGUGUAAUGUCAUUAAUAAAAUGUUGUGUUAUGUAUAAAAACCAAUCAUUUAUUCAAAAUAUAAACUUUAAAUCACCUAACCCAGCUAUCAAAUUCAAUGAGUGGCAUUUAAAAGUUGUAACUGAACCAACACCAUUCAAUAACGAUAACAAAACCACUGUUAUGGCUAUUAAUAAUUUUGGUGUAACUGGAUCAAAUUGUUGUAUUAUUUUAUCAGAUUUCAAUCAAGAAAUAGUUGAAAAUGAAAAUCAAACUGAAAAAAAAUAUUUAAUACCAUUUUCAUCAAAUUCAUCAACAUCUCUUGAUAAAUACAAACAAAUUAUAAUGGAACAAUCAGAAAAAUUGGAUUUUAAUGAGUUUGUAAAUAAUCAAAUCAAAUUUAAAUCAACAUCUCUCGUUCAAAGAUCAAUUGUUAUUGCAAGUAAUUGGGAAGAAUUUAAAGAUUCAAAAAAUGAAAUAAAAUCAUCAAAUUCAAACACAGUUUCAAAUAUUGCGGUUAAUAAAAAAAGUCCAUUUACAGUAUUUGUAUUAUGCGGUCAAGGUUCACAAUAUAAUAAAAUGGCAUUAGAACUAUAUGGAAAUGAAACCAUAUUCAAACAAUGGGUUGAUAAAUUCGAUAGUGAACUAUUCAAAUACUAUGGGUACUCUGUUUUACAAAAACUAAGAUCAAUCGAUGAUAAAGAUAUGAUAUCAGUACACGAUCAUACUAUUGCUCAACCAUCAAACAUUUUGAUUCAAGUAUCAUUAUUCGAACUAUAUAAACACUGGGGUAUCAAAGCAGAUUUAAUCGUUGGUCAUUCUCUUGGUGAGGUAUCAGCAUCAUAUUGCUCUGGUAUGAUUGACUUUGAAACAUUAUGUUAUUUAGUAUACAAAAGAUCUAUGGCACAAAAGAAAACAACUGGUACUGGUAGAAUGCUAUCGGUAAAUAUAAGUGCUGAAGAAUAUAUAUCAAAUUAUUCAUCAAAAUACCCAACAGUCGAUAUUGCUUGUUACAACUCACCAUCAUCAAUUGUAGUAUCUGGUAAAGAACAUUUGCUUAAUGAAAUUGUAGAUGAUUUAAAAUCAAAAGAUAUAUUUUGUACUAUGCUAGGAACAUUAUCAUCACUCCACACAUCCAGCCAAUUAAUUAUCAAAGAUGAAAUAUGUUCAAUGAACAUUAAAUCCAAACAAUCAACAACACAAAUAUUUUCUACAGUCACAACCAACUUGUUUAAUAACGAAACAACACCAUUCAAUUCAGAAUAUGUAUUUGAAAAUGUUUUACAACCAGUAAAAUUCACUCAAACAAUUUCAAACAUAUAUAGAUAUAUCGAAGAAAACAACUAUGGUAACGAAGUAACAUUUAUCGAAGUUGCACCACAUCCAACAUUAUCAUUCUAUUUAAAUCAAAUGAAAUCAACACAAUCACCAUAUUUCAAUAAUGGAGAAAAAAUAACUAUUCAUUCACCUCUUCACAAAAAGAAAAAUGGAUACAAUGAAUUCUUAAAUACAAUUGCAAUACUUUAUGUAAACCACUCAUAUAAUAUCAAUUUUAAAUCACAGUUAAAUAAACAAAAUCAAAUCAGGUUUAAUUACAAGGCUUUAAACAAGCUUCCAUUAUAUCAAUGGGAUGAUAAAAUUUAUUUCAAACAAAAUUCAAUAUAUGAAAAGAUCAAAAAAGAAGGACCACCAAUUCAACAUCUUGGUGUUACAAAUGAAUCACCAUCCAAAUCAUAUCAAGCAUAUAUAGAUAUUAAAAAGCAACCAUUCCAAUGGUUAAAAGGACAUCAAAUAAAAGGCAAAAACUACUUCCCAGGAUGUGGACACAUUAUCAAUUUAUUCAAUAUCUAUCCAAAUCAAGAUAUUACAAUAAGUUCAAUCGAAUUUAAAACACCAUUAAUUUUACAAGAUGAUGUUAACCAAUGUCUACAAACAACCAUUUAUACACUUUCAAAAAAUGAAUUCAAUAUCAAAUCACACUUUAAAGAUACAACUUCAAAUCAAUGGGUAUUAUGUUCCGCUGGCAACUUUAGUUUAUUCAAUCAUGGAAACGAAAUAAACAGAAUCAAUAUAGAUGAAAUAAAGAGUAGUUGCAACUAUACCAAACUAUCAAAAUCAGAUCUUUAUGAUUCAAUUAAAUUCAAAACAGGGUUAACAUACAAAGGUUUAUUCCAAGGUGUCAAAGAAUGCUGUGUUGGUGAUAACUGUUCUAUUUCUAUUGUAUCAUUAAAUGAAAUUCAAAAUCAACAUGAAUUCAAUCAUUUACUCAACAACGAUACAAUGAAAUCAUUCUUUAAUACUGCAAUACUAGAUACAUGUUUACAUGGGAUGUUAAUUUUUAUCAAACAUCAAUGUCAAAUUGUAUUAGAUAAAAUCGAAGGAUUAAAAUACUACCCAUCUAACAUACCAUCAACAAACCACCAACAUUCUGAAAUAUAUGUAUAUUCAGAAAUGAAAUCGAGAACAAGUUUAAACUCAUACUCUGGAUCCAUUAAAAUAAUGUUAAAUGAUGGCACAUUAUUAAUUGAAAUUACAAAUAUUAUUUGUACAUCAAUUACACCAAUCAUUGACAAUUCCACAAUUAUCCCACCACCAACCAAUGAAAUUUAUCUACCAAUUCAACAAUCAAAAGACUCUAUUAUUAAUAAUCCACAAUCAUUCAAACACUUGUAUCAUUUAGUUGAAGUGGGAAUAGAUGAACUUUAUCUACCUAAAGAAUCAAAAGAACAUUUAUUAUCAUUAUUUUACUCUCAUAUUAAUCAAAGACGUCCAACUAUCAACAAAGAAACAUUAUCAACAAUAGAUUUUAAUCAGUUCAAACAACUCUAUAAUAACGAUGAGGUAAAUGAAAAUUUAUUUUUGUUUAUUUUCGAUAUUUUAAAAAAAUAUAAUGGUUUGGAUAUCAAUAAAAAAUUAAGUGAAUUCCCUCAUAGUUUUAAAAAUAUCAACAUUUUAGAGAAAACAACUAGAGUUAUGGCAAAGUUAUUAUUCCCUGUAGAAAAUGACGAUCCAAACAUUGACACUCCUCAAUCAUUAUUUGAAGAUGGAUUAUUGGAUCACAUUUAUAACAAAUCAGAUAGUCUUACUACACUAAGCAAUGUAUUUUGUGAUAUUGUUUCUGAAUCAAUCAAGCCUAUUAUUAAUGAACCAAUAGUAUUCAGAAUCAUAGAAUUUGGAGGCGGGGUUGGUUCAUUAUCACAUUUGGUAUUAAAUAAAAUCAACAAACUAUUAAAUGAUAAACCAACAUCAAAUAUCGAUAUAGAAUACACAUGGAGCGAUAUUUCAGCAUCAUUUUUUACAGACAUUAAAGAAAAACUUUCAAAAAUCAAAGCUGUCAAUAUAAUCUAUCGUACUCUAGAUUUAGACAAAUCAUUAAAAGAUCAGGAUUUAAAAGCAUCUUAUUACGAUAUGGUUAUAAUGUCAAAUGUAUUACAUGUCGUUAAACAACUCAGAUUUAGUUUAAAUGAAAUCUAUAACAUUUUAACACCAAAUGGUCAAAUUGUUUUUAUUGAACCACCAUACAAAUCACUCUAUCUUGACUCAAUCUUCGGUGUAUUCACACAAUGGUGGCCAUCACCAGAAGAUAUAGAUAUCAGAAAAGAUAGAAGCUGCAUGAAACAAGAAAGCUGGUACAAAUUACUAAAAGAAUGCAACUAUAUGGAUACAACAAUAUCUGGAAAUGAUAAUGCACUCCUUUUAAUUCAAACAAGAAAACCAAAUAUAAAUGAAAUGGUAUUAUCAAAUUUUGAAUCAAUGAAACAAUUAUCAUCACACGAUAGUAUUAUAAUAUUUGGAAAGAGUAGAUAUGGAGCACAAAUUCCCCAAUCAUUCAAAUCAAACCAACAAUUCAUUUCAAAAAUAAUUCAAAUCGAUAGCUUUAAUGAAUUUAACAACUGGAUUAUUAAAUCAAUCGACUCCAUUAGAAAAAGUAAAACAUUAAUAAUCUUUAUGAAAGCAAUCGAUCCAUUGGAUAUCAAUAAUUUUAAAGAAAUAACAUUCGACUACAUACAAAUUAAUCAAAAGUUACUUCAAUUUGAAAUUGAAAACUUUUUUAAACAUGUUUUAAUAUUAUUAAAUUCAACAACAAACAACUAUUUAUCAUCAUCAAUCAAUGGAGCAGUAAGAUAUUUUGCAGAAUUCCCACAAUUAGAUCUAUAUUCAUUAGAUUUCGACAAUACAUCAAUUCAAAAUGAAUAUAUACUAUCACUUAUCGAUAUUUUAAUAAAUCCUACAAACAAUAUUCAAAGAGAAUUAACAAUUAAAAACAACAUAGUUUAUUAUGAAAGAUACAAAAAACAAACAAAAAUUAAACAAUCAUUUACAUCAAACUCAUUUGAAACAAAAAAAGAUAAUUUAAUGAUUCAACUUGAUGCAAAUUUAGAGUAUGUAUUAAAAACAAAAAAAGAAAAAUUACAUUCAAAUGAAAUUGAAAUUCAAAUAAAAUGUACAGGUAUCAACUAUAAAGAUUAUUUAAUGUAUAUUGGUCAAAUAUCAAAUAAUGUUGAUAUCAAAUAUGGCAAAGAAGAAGAAGUUGAAAAUGGAUUAAAUCAAAUGCCAAAUAUUGGAAAUGACUUUAGUGGUGUUAUUAUUCGUUGCGGUAAUGAUGUAAAGAAAUUUAAAAUUGGAGAUGAAGUAUUUGGGGUGGCUUCAAAAACUAGUGGAUCACAUAUUAUAAUCGAUUAUAAAUAUGUUUUUUACAAACCAACAAAUAUCUCACAUUUACAAGCAGCUUCUAUUCCAUCGGUUUAUGUUACAGCAUUACAUAGUAUAUACAAUACUGGUAAUUUAAAAGCAGAUCAAACAAUUUUAAUUCACUCAGCAGCAGGUGGUGUCGGUCUUUCAUCAUUGGAACUUUUAAAGUGUAAACAACACAAAGGAUAUAUUUUUUUAACAGUAGGUUCAAAUGAAAAAAAAGAUUACCUGAUAAAUAAAUAUGGCUCAUUUAUUACUGGUAUCUAUUCAUCAAGAAAUAAAAACUAUGUUCAUCAAAUUAAAAACAAAUUAAAACAAUUAGAAUUUAACAAAGAUCAUCAAGGUGUAGAUUUAAUAUUAAAUACAUUAUCAUCAGAAUAUAUGGAUUCAAAUUUCCAAUGUUUAAAUACUUGUGGUAGAAUUGUAGAUCUUUCAGUUACCCAUUUAACACCAAAUGAUUAUAUGACAAAUAAUCACUUUAAAUACAACUAUGGAUAUAAUAAUGUUGAGCUUGUUGAUUUUUCGGGAAUAUUAUUUAAAACUUUGUUAAAAAAAAUAGUCAAAAUGUUAACUUCAAAAAAAUUAGAACUAAUUCCAAUCAUUGAAUAUUCAAAUGAUCAAUUUAAAGAUGCAAUUGAAUAUAUUAAUGAAAGACAACAUAUUGGUAAAAUUGUUGUAAAUCAUGAUAUAGAUAUAUUAUCAAAUGUAUUUAAUGAACAGAAACAAAGUGAUUCAAUUAUUAUGAAGAACAGCUAUGAUAUAUCAAGAUUAGAUAUCGGUAAAAACAUAUUAGUAACAGGUCAAACAGGAAUUAUAUUAGAAAUAAUCAAAUGGCUUGUUAAAUAUUCAAACAAAUCAAUAGAUAAUUUAAUAAUUUUAUCAAAAUCACCAUUAAAAUGGGAAUUGGAGCUAUUAAUAAAUCAAACUAAACAUCAAAAAGAUAAUAAAAUCAAUUUCCACUUUAAUCAAAUCGAUAUUGAAGAUAGUAAUAAAUUUCAUAUUGUAUUAAACAAUCUAGAAUCCAAUUCAAACAUUACAAAUAUCGAUACAGUAAUACACUUUGCAUUUGUAAAUGAGGUUAGUGAUGUUCAGGAUAUUGAUUUGAAUAGUUUAAAUAUCUCACAUGGUCCAAAAACUAUUGGUGCAUUCAAUUUACACAAUGAAUCAAUUCAACGUUCAUGGAAAUUAAAACAAUUUAUAAUGGCAUCAUCUGUUAUUACAAUUUUAGGAUCAGACAGACAAUGUUGUUAUGUUAGUUCAUGCAAUACAAUUGACUCAUUAUCAAAAUAUAGGAAAUCAAUUGGACUACCAUCAUUAUCAAUAAAUUUAGGGGCAAUAUCAUCAACUGGUUUUGUUUCAAGAAAUGAUGCAAUCGUAACAAUGUUCAAUAGUUCGAAUUUAAAAACUUUUUCCUCACAACUAAUUUUAAGCUCAUUAGAUCUCUUCAUUCAAAAUAAAAAUUAUUCUAACUAUUGUUUGUGUAAUUUUAAUUUUGAAAAUAUGGUAUCUUCAAAACCUAAUUUUAACUUUUCUAAACUUGACUAUCAAACCAAUAUGGUUAAGAAAUCACAAAUAUUUUUAGAAAGUGAAAGUAACGAAAAUAUAAAAAUUAAAAUUAUAAAUAAAAUAUCAGAAUUACUUUCAAUUGAGGAGUCAAAAAUCAACUUGGAAUUACAUUUAAAUCAAUAUGGUCUCGAUAGUUUAGUUAUUGUUCAAUUAAAGAACUGGAUUGAUAAACAAAUAGGUAGAAAUAUAAUUACAAUACAACAAUUACAAAUCAAUAAUAUAUCACAAUCACUUCAUAUUAUUAUUAAAAAUUUUACUGAAAAUAAUAAAAAAAAAUAA